AUCGACAGCAUGCAGGCCCUACUUCACUGUCCCAACGUGCUGGUGUGUGUGGGCCGGGAACCAUUUAAACCUGUAUCCAUGGAGAAUUUGAGGAAACACUCCAUUGAGAAGCUGCCCGGCCUGGCUCCCCGCUCCAAUGGCAACAACAUCAAUGAAAACAAUGAAAUGAACUUUGGACUGAAAGCCAAAAAAAGUGUGAUUCAUCCACGGUCAGCAUCAAGCAAUAGGUCAAUGAGAUUUUCUUUAUCAUCAGAAAAGUCUUAUCCAAAUGGUCUCAUGACAUCACCAGAUAAUGGUGCACCUUUCACAAACAAUUGCUCUCAUCCAAAACCUGGAGACCUGGUCCACUCCUUGGUCAAUGAUGACAUAGAAAAACGGGUUCAUGUGAACAAGGAUGGCAGUCUGUCUGUAGAGAUGAAAGUACGUUUCCGCUUGCUAAAUGAUGAGACCUUGCAAUGGUCCACCCAGAUCAAGAAGUCCAACAUGAUGAGCCAGAUGCCUUGUGAAGAGUCGGGUGUAGAGGAGGACAGUGGAGUAGACCCCAUAAGCAAAAUGAACCCAGAAGUUAGCUCAGAGGCAGAUGAUUCAUUAUAUCCAUGUGACGUUGACUCUUACAUGUCAAAACUUGAGGAAUCGGAAUGUGACGAGGCUCAUUGUCAUAGCUGUGGGAAGAAGCAUCAGGACUAUGACAUCUGGAAAAACCCCAUGCACAGCUCACAAAGGGAAGAGCCCAGCGUACGGAGCACCUGGCACAAACGGUCAUCAUGUUCCAGCACAUCCUCCCGGAGGAGGGUAGUCCACAAGAAAAUCGCUUCUGUGGAUAGUCUCCACACGACAUCCAGUGAAGAAUUCUCUGAGCACAUUGUGCAAGAGUCGUCAUCCUAUUCAGAGACUAUAGAGAACAGGGUGGCAUACCGUUCCAUUAAAAAGUGUACGUGUCGAAGUGAUUUGUCUACAGCUGCUUCCAAUGGAGAAGACCAGCAAGAAUGCACACGGACGAGCACGAGCAAUAGUCAGAGGCCUUCAUCUUUGGGUUUAGCAUCACACUCAAGCUGUGAAAACAACCUGGAUACUCAAGAAGCCCCUGAAGACCAGGAGGACAGCAAAAGCAAUUCACAAAAUGAGGAUGAAAGCUUUGAAGUUUCCUCUGUGAAAUGCAUAAAGGAGGAUGCAGAGGAGGUUGAGAGCAGCAGAGUUGGGAGUGCUGUGUCAAGGUCAUCUCUGCAAUCCAGGCAAAGCAAAAAGAACAUACAUGAGGAAACAAGUAGUGUGGGCAGGAGCAUGUCCUCUUCCAGCCUUCAGAAGGCAAAUGAAGAAGAUAACACCGUGUGCUCCAGUCCUGCUAACAGUGUUCACAGCAGGUCGAGUAACUGCAGCACACCGAAAGCAAAGAGAGAACGGGAUGACCAUUCAGAAGACAACGUGGUGAUCUCCUCCUUCUCCAGUGAGUCCUGCCCUAAGAAAGAAUCUCAAGAAGCAGAAGUGGAACUAGAAGAAAAUGAAAUCAAUGAAGUCAGCUCAGUGUCAGCAAAAACAAAGCCCAGCCAAUCAGUUAAAGGUGAGAGCAGUGAAGGUGAACGAUGCUCUACACAAGGAACUCUCCCUUCGGGAGCAAGUGAUGGGCACAGCAGGAGAAGUGACAGUGAUGAAAUCAUUCCGUGCAAUGCCUCUCACUCUUCCAGGGGAUCCAAGAAGAAAAAACACAACCAUAUUCAUUUGGAUGCACAAUCUGAAAUGUCUGUGUCUUCUCUUGAAUCCACUCACAGUAAAAAGAAUUCCCUACAUGCAGAUGAUUUGAGAUCAUGCAGCAGGGUGUCUAAUUACUCCAAAAGCUCAUGCGAAAUUAAGAAAAAAUCUGUCAUAGAUCUCAAGUCUCAUAAUUCAGGCUCUUUUCACUCAAACAUUUCAUCUACUAGUGAAGCUGAGGCAACUGCUGUUAUUACUGAAGAGCAAAGCUCAAAAAGUACCACUAAUGGCUACAGUGAAUCCUCAAAAGGUUCGAAGAGGAGAAGUCAGAGAGAAGAAAAUAGUAAGACAUCAUCCCUGUGCUCAAGUGUUUCAAGUCUUAAUGGAAAAGCUGGAGAAGGUCAUUCCAAGAUAAAUUCAGAGACUCCUUCUUCAAGACAUGGAAGUCUGAGUGAGAGUUUAUGUUCCAAAGGUGACCACUUAGCUGAUACUGGGAAUAAGAAUGGAAAUUCUGCAAGUGUCAGUUCAAGAGUCUCUUCAAAUUCAGAAGUAAAAGAUCAAUGUUUGUUGACACAGAUAUCCCAGGAAAGUGAUGAGAGAUGUUCACAAUCAAAUAUAUCUCAGUCUUCCAAAUCAAGGCAAAGGAAAACAAGGAAUCUUCAUGUAAAGAUGUCAAACUCCAGCCGAGCAUCAGUUUCAGAGACUAUGUCAGUAUGCAGCAUGCAUUGCCCAGCCCCACCAAAAGGGAAGCCAAGUAGCAAAAAAAUACGAUCAGCCAUGCUGAAGAAUUCCUCUGUGAGCAGCAUGGGUAGUGAGUCAGUGCUGACCACAGGAAAAGGUCAAAAAGAAAUUGUAGAUUCCUCCAAACCAACUUCCCUGGGAUCUAAAUCAACUACAAUGGACAUAAACGACAAGAAGAAUAAAGAGGAAAAUGAUUCUUCCAAAGAAAAAGUGAAGGAAGAAUUAGAAGACAUGGGCACACAGGAGGAAGAGAGUGAUUUAAUGCCAUCUGCUCUGCCAAAUACAUCUCCAGAAGAAGUUGUGCAAGAGUGGCUGAGCAAGAUCCCUUCAGAAACACUGCUUAUGAAAUAUGAAAUGGAAGACAUUGGAGAAGAGGAAUGUGUAGAAGCAACCACUGAGGAACAAACUUCUGAGGUCGUGUCAGAAGCUGACAAGGCCAACCAGGCAGAAUGCAGGCAGUUAGUUCCAUCAAGCCAAAAUAACAUUAGAAGAGACCUGCCAACCUCUGUCCAGACUUCUGUGCAGAUCAUGAAGGCCUUGCUCAGUUCGAAACAGGAAACAAAAUUUGAUCGGUCAAACAGUUUGCCUGAAGUGUCCCCCACAAUGGGGAGAAAACUGAGUGAUUCUGCCAACAGUUUGAUUACUUGUCUUGCCAGUCUCCAACUUCUUGAUGAAGAGUCAGAAGAUACAUCAGAUAAAUCAAAACAUUUGAAUAAGUCAAGGUAUAAGGAGCUGCUAAAUAUUUUUCAAGCCCUAUGGUUUGGAUGCCCUGCUGAAAUAAGUGGUUCAAGUUCAGGCCUACAAGCAAAUGACCAGCCAAAGGCAGGCUCUGGGUUUAAAAUACCAAAAUCCAUAAAUAACGGUUUCACUCCCAUGUCUUCCUCUGGUGUUGAUGUUAGCAGCGGGUCAGGUGGCUCACGAGAAGAGGGUGCAGCUGGUGCCACAGAUUGCACAUUAUUGGAACCAAAAACCAUUGAAUCCAAAUUGGCUGGACAAGAGGAAUCUGUAGAGACUGGCACUGAACUGGCUGAGGCUGAGGAGGAAGGCGAAAAGGAAGAACAGUCAUCCCGACCUUCAACAGCCUGUUCAAAAUUGAAAGCUGAGGAAGAAGUCCAGUCUGUUCAGGAGCCAGAAGAAAAUAAGGAGGAUCAGUGCAGUAACUGUGAAAAUGGUCAGGAGGGAGAGGAAGAAAAAGAAAAUGAGGAAAAUUGCAAAUUAGACGAAAAUGGAGAACAAGUUGCUGAUGCUGUAAAUGAUGAGCUCCCAAAAGAAGAUCUUGAGGAGGCAGAUGAACAGCUAGCUGCUGCCAAUGAUACAAACAUCAGUGAUGCCAAUGGUGAGACAGAAGUGAAAGCUGAUUUGGAAAAGCAACUGGGAGAAGAGUCUCCAAAAGACCUAGAGCCCAGUGUUGAGGCAGACACUGAUGUGGGGACAUCUCUUGUCCAAAAGAACCCAGUGGACCCAGAUCCCACCUGGGUCCUGAGACUGCUCAAAAAAAUUGAGAAGGAGUUUAUGACUCACUAUGUCAGUGCCAUGAAUGAGAUCAAAGUCAGGUGGAACCUACAGGACAACCAGCAGUUGGAUGAAAUGAUCCUAGAGCUGAAGGAGGAAGUGAGCAAAAGGAUACAAAAAAGCAUAGAGAGGGAGCUGAGGAAGAUCAGAAGCAGAGCAGGGAAGAGGACACCAAGACCUCCCUGUGAACCACUCAGGCGUGAGUCAACGCUCCAAACUGAGCAGAGGAGACGGCGAUUGCAGACUAUGCAUGAAAAGUCAUUCUUCAGUGAUAAGAAUGGAACCCAGAGCAGGCUGGCUUGCACAUCAGAAUUAUCAUAUGAUGUAGAUGAAGAAGCAUUUAAUACGGCUUUUGAGGCCAGUAUUAGUGAACAGCCAAGUGAGGAAGAAUAUUGCCCAUGUGAUUCUUGUCUGAGGAAAAAAAGAAUUUCCAAGCCCACAAGAAACCCAUUGGUGGCCACCAAUGCCCCAGUCAUGAAAGCGUUUGAUUUACAACAUAUCCUGAAGAUGAAGAAAGAUGAUAAUGAGGAAAUCUGUGCCUCAGAAACAGCUCAGAACAACAUGACAGUCUCCAGCAAUCCCGUAGAGGAAGCAGCAGAAAAUGGCAGUGCAAACAUGGAGAAUGAUAAAGGUGAACUCCAGCCAGGUGAGAUCGAAGUGGAGGACAAUGAAGAAAAGGAAUCAGAAUUAAAUGAAGUGAGUGACUCAGGGUUGAAUGAAGAUGCAGAAGAACCCAAAAUAAGUGAGAUGGAUGACAAAGUCACUGAUGAAGAGACCAAGGAAGAAGUGGAGGAAGAGGAAGAAGAAGCAAAAGAGGAGGAAGAAGAAGCAAAGGAGGAGGAAGAAGAAGCAAAAGAGGAGGAAGAAGAAGCAAAAGAGGAGGAAGAAGAAGCAGAGGAGGAAGAAGAAGAAACAAAAGAGGAGGAGGUGGAAGAAGAUAAAGAAAAAGAACCCGAAAAGUCUAAAGCUGAAGAUGAAGCUGAAGAAGAAGCUGAGGAACCAGAAAGUAGGGUUGAUGGGGCUGCUGAUGAACAGGAGACAUCUGAACAUGGAGGGCCUGCUGAUGACUCUGGGGCAGAUAACAAUCCUGAAGGAGAUGCAGCUGAAGGAAAUGAAGAAACUGAGCAGGAAACCCAAGAUGGUGCUGAGAGGCUGGAAGAAGCAAACCCAGAGUCAGAAAGUGAGGCAUGUUCAGUCAAGGAGGAAGACGACAAUGAAGGAGGCGACAAAUGUGAGCAGAAUGAUGUGGAAUUGACCAGUAAUGGCCAUGACCAGGCAAAUGAGGAACACAAAGAUGAAGACAACAGCAAAUCUUCUCUGAGAGCUUCCAAUGUCAGAAGAAACAGUAAUGUCAAAAAAGCAGAGACUUUGACCAAAGCAGCCGCCUAUUCUUGUUAUUCUUCUAUGGGUAAUUUCUCACAGCAAUCCCAAAAAGGGUCUGAUGAUGAAGAAGAAGAAGAAGAGGAAGAGGAAGACAAAGACAACAAUAACCCCACAAGUGACGUCCCCAAUGGAGAGAUUCAGAGUGAUGAGAGCAGCAAGCCUUCAAAGAUGUAUCCUGACAGUGAGGAGGAAGAAGAGGACAAAGCAUCUUCCUGCACUGAUCCUGUGGGAGAGGAGGACCAGCAGGAUGCUGAAGGUGCAGAUCCAAAGAAGGAUGGCAAUACUGAUGAGGUUGUGGCUUCUAAAAAGAAAGAAGACUCUGAUGAGAUAGACCAGGAUGACCUGGACUUCUAG